AAAAGGCUGAAAUCUCAGGUUUGGAAUCAUUCUCAGAGAACGGCUGAAGCUCGGGGAACAAGGAUCAUUUUAAUUUUCGAAUACGUCGUCCAUCAUUCACCCUUACGCAGGCCGACAGGAUGAAAACUCUUCUGCAGUGUGUGGCUCUGUACGUCCUCCUCGCUCUGUGUCUCUGCUACGAUUCUCACGAAAGUCAAGAAUCUUUCGAGGAUCUGUUCCUCAACGGACGACGGGCCUCCUCUUUCUUCCACCCACGGAGAGGGAGCACCUACAACAGCUACAACUACAGAAGGCUGGUCAAGUCACCUGCGGAGCGACGUGCGGAGACGUGCGAGGACUUCUCCCCCUGUCGUUUCUACGCCGGUCGCUAUGGUUACCAGCUGGCCUACCAGAGAUAUUUUGCUGCUCGCAGACCGUGGGACAGAAAAUACUGAGGCUCGCAAGAUACGGUGUGAAGGAGUGGUGCCGACCAGUCAGUAUGUCACCUAACAUUUAAGCAAUGUGCAUUUCUUUUAUUUUUACAUACGAAGCAACAUUUUAUCAUAUUAUAAAGGGAAUUUUAUCGCUAUUCUGGCAAAUUUACUCACGUAGUUCGAACACAAGCUGAGUGCUUUUAGCAGUCCUGCACCAUAACACUCAAAGCACAUGACAGAGACCUAUGAAUGUACUCUCGGAGAAGGCCAUUUUUUUUCCCACGAUUUCCGCUGUCGUUCGAUUGGUGUCUGCUGCGUAUCUUUAAAAUGUUUUCUCGGCGACGUUUCCAUCGCACCACGUCAUGUCAGAUUUGUUUCCUUCUCCUGUCUUGUCCUUUUUCUUUCAUUGUAUUUGUCCAACAAUAAAGGCUA